UGUCUACAACUAAAAUUAAACAAUAUUUUGAAUAGGAGAAAUAUCUGUAUGGCCUUCUCAAAAGAUUGAUCCUGUUUCAUACAGACGUAAAAUGAAAAGCUUGAAAUCACUAUUCAAGAUCAUUGUAAAUCUAAAAUAUAUUAAAUAAAUUCGUGAUUCGGUGAUCUUAAAAAAGUACAUAAUACCAUGGCUGAAAUGGACUGGCGGAAAAUAUUGACUUAUACUCAGAAAGAACUCCAGAAUGCCGAUAAAGACUCUAUUUGCGAAGGCUUAUCCUGGAUGGAUAUCGAUGAUAUCGACAUCAGUUUUUCGGAUUUAAAAAUCCUAUUUCGACUAACACAGGAUGUGCUGAAGUAUAAAUGUGAACAGGUCAAAGAUAUUCUUGGUGAACAAGCAACAACUAAACGAAAAAAAGGGAAAAUUAAAAAAUAUUACCAAGAUUCGCCAACGAAAACUAACAAUAAAGACUUACAAACUAUAAAUAAUCAAGAAGAACUCAUCAAAACAAACAGAGAAAUUUUAGAGAAACUUCAAAAGAAAAUAAAAGAUUUAGAAUCACUUAAAAAUAGCAAAGAACUUGAACAGAAAAAUGUAGUAAAUGAUAAUGAAUCAAGCGUUUGUACAUUGUCCGAAAUGAAUACAGCCAUGCAACUGGAGAAUGAGAUUGCUAUAAAAAAUAAACACAUUAAAAAACUUCUAGCUGACGUUAAGGUCUUAGAAGAAGACAAUCUUACAUUCAAAGGAAAAGUUUCCAUUUUGAAAGAUAAAUUAAUCGAAGCUACACAAAUUAUAGAUAAUUUGACCGAACAAUUACUUUCGAUGAAGAAUGAGACUGCGCGUUUAAAAGAAAUAUUGGGAAAAUCAGAGCAAAUAAAAUCGCAACAGUCAGCUGAAAUUGAAGUGCUGAAACAAAAUUCUGAACGAGAUGUUUAUUCGCAUAAGUGCACUAUUCCGGAAGAAAUUAAAUUAAAAAUUAAGCAUUGGAAGGAUAUGGCUCGUUCCAAAAAGAUCGAAUUAGAUAUGAUAGCUCUCGAAAACGUGAAACUAAAAGAACAACUUUCUAAAACCUAUCAGCUGCCCCCAACACACGAUGAAGGCAGAUCUUCUCGUGAAUUUGAAAUAAAAAUAAAAGAGCUACAAGAAAAAUUGCAUGAAGCUACAAAUGAAAUCGAACGUUCUGCCAUAAUAAUUAAUACACUAAAGGCAGAAAUACGUCAAUUAAAAACUGUUAUAGAAGAAACACCCGAUCCAGUUUCUGAAGUGAGAAAUGAAAGUGACGACGGGAAGCAAAGAGCAAUCAUAAGACGAUUGAGGAAAAAAAACAUAGAUUUAAUAGCUUCUCUCCAUGGGGCAGAUGAGGUUCUUAUCGCACGUGAAAAGGAGUUAUCAGAAGUUACCGCGCAAUUACAGUUAAUUCAAUCUGAAGAAGGUGUAAGUGUCUUGAUCGAAGGAUUGAAAAAUAAAAAGAAUCAGCUUAAAAUUAAAGACGAAGGUAUCAAAAGUCUAGUUCAAGAGGUUAAUGUUUUACAUCAAUUGGUGACUGAUCUGCAGUUAGAAAAUGAAACUCUAAGACAAAAAUAUAACAUUCCUUUUGAUGAAAGAGUUUGUACAAAAGGCAUUCUAAAAAAAUACCGAGAUAUGGAGCUACUCAAUGCUAAAAUGAAAAACGAACUAGAACACGUGGAAAACAAAAUAAUCGAUUUGGAACUAAACGAACGAUGUAUGUCUUCAAAAAUUACAAAACUAAAAAAAAUAUUAACUUCGCAAGGGUAUAAUGUUGAUGUCGCCUAUUUGAACGCUGAAGAUGAUGAAUAUAAUGAGGAAAUUUUAAGUGGUGCAAAAGAAUCUUUGGCGAUUGAUCAAUCUAUAAAUUUAGUACAGCAUGUGAAGAGUAACAAUGAAACUGAAAAUAUACAGGCAAUAAUCGACGAAAACGAAGGAUUAAGAAAAGCACUUCAAGAGCUCUUAGAUUUUUUAAAAGACAACAGUUCCACUUCCUCGGGAGUAUUGGCAUUACAGUGUCCAAGUCUUGAGUCAAUUUUACAAAAAAUGGGAAUCAGACACGCAGCCGGCUGGUUUUCACCACACAUGUCUACUUUUAUGGAAUUAGAAGCGGCACGUGGAGGAAAAGAAGCAUUGCUUUUAGCGCUUCACGAAGCCAGGAAAGAAACAUUCAAUUUAAUGAAGAACUUAUCUCAUCAAUCAAAAAUAAAUGAAGAUCUUCAAAAAAAAGUUAACGAAUUAGAGUCUCAGAGUGUACAAAAUUUUGAUCUCGAAGAUAACUUGUUCGAAUUUGGUUCAUGGGUAACAGAGAAAGAAAUCAAUUCUGUUGACUUUUAUGACAAAGAACAAUUACAAGACAGUGUGCACAUUAAAAGUCAAUUGAUGUAUGAAAAUACAUUGAAAAAGGUACUAAAACAUUUCCAUGAUCAGUUUAAAGUUCUAUACGACAAAAUGAAUUCACUAGCCAUAGAACAUAUAGAUAAAAACAAUCAUUGGUUAAUUCAAGAAGAACGGUACAAAGCCGAAAUUGAAAAUUUAAAGAUUCGUUUACAGCAAAAUGAAGAUGAAGACUUUAGUAAUGCAUCACCUGGUCUUUUACCUACAUCGAAUACUUCUAUGCUUGAAAGAAGAUGUUCAUAUUUAGAAGAUUCUUACAAAGACAUUAGGAACAUAAACGAAAACUUAAGAAAUGAAAAUAUAGAAUGUAAAAGAGAAAAAAUGUUAGUGGUCUCAGAAAACGAAAUUAAAACGCAGAAGCUAUUGCUACUUAUUUGUGAAAUUACUGAUAAGCUGCGUUCUUCAAUAGCCCUUGACUUGUUUUGGGACCAAAACAGACUUCUCAACGAAGUCACAUUAAAAUGUAGAAAAAUUGCUGAAAAUACUUUUAAAGAUAAAAAUAAAACCAUGGACAUGUUAAAGUGUCUUGAAGAAAAUAAAUUGGAAAUUAUUAAUUACGUUCAAAAACAACUGUGUGAAAAUGUAGGCGAUGCCGAUAGACGUCAAAUACUUAAUGAAGUGGAACAAUUAGCAAUAGAAAAACAAUUGCGACAAUCAAUAACAGAAUUAGAAAAGAGAGAAAAAGAAAUCAAUUUGUUGGAAUCCAAAUAUAUGGAACUAAAUCAACUGCAAGCAGGCCUUAUCGAUGAUUCUUUACGCUCGGUAAAUACAGAAGAAAUUAAUUUUAUGAAAUCCCAGAUUUCUAAUCUUUCUGCGGAACGGAAAAUACUCAAAGAACAAUAUCAAUCCACUAAAGAUCAAUUAGAGGUUACAAUAUUGCAGUUGCAAGAAUUCCAACAGCGUCAAAUGUGCAAAGAAAUCGAAGUAAAUAUUCUAAGGCAUCAAAUACUAGAUUUACAAUCAACUGGAAAUAAUAAAGCAGUCGUUGCAAGGCUGAGUAGUGAAUUAUUAGUGACACAUUUACAAGCUUCAGAGUAUAAUAGAAAAAUUCAAGAGUUGACCACAGCUCUGAAUAAGGAAAAGGAAAUGAGAGCAGAUAUCGAAGAUAUUUUGUCUACCAGGCAAAAAGUUUUUGACCUUUAUACACGUAGAUACGACUCAAGAUUCAAACAUAUUCACACGGUAUUGAAUGUUAUGCGGCUCCAAUACCAAGGAAGUUUGCCUUUGACGUCAAUAGAAAAUUUUGUCUUCAAAUUGGAAGAUCUUUCUCGUAAAAAUCAUGCAAUUAAUCAACAAUUAACUGAAGUUGACGAGCUCCGGACCAGCUUAGUGACAAAACAUGCUGUAUUCGAUCAAAUACUCGACGUUUCUAAAGAUAAAUGCUUACUUCAAGAAGAUGACUGUCCACACAAACUAAAAAGUUUUAUUAUGGAUGCAACGCAUGCCCGAGAGAUGGAUAAUAUGAAGAAGAAAAUUAAAAUAUCUGAACAAGUACGUGAAGAACUUUUAAGUCAAUGUACUAACUUAGAAAAGACUUUGGCAUAUAUUAAUCAAGGUUAUGAAAAAUACACCUCUGUUGAGUUGAAGCACAAGCUGAAGGAAGUACAAAAUGAUGAAGCCAUAAAUUUAGAGGAUCUGGUAUCAGACGAGGAGCCAGAUUCCAGAAGUAGUCGAAUAGCUAAAUCUCAAAUACUUAAACCUACAACACAUACCAAAGCAACUGUAACUGAUAUUAAUAACGAACACCGUCAAGAAAAUUUAUUUGGUUCCCCGGCGAAAUUACCAUUGACACAACUCAAGCCAAAGGUAGCCAAUAUUUUUGUACAAACAGACCAGAUGACACUAUGCAAAAGUGAAAAAAACAUUCAAACCGAAGAAGACGCUCUCAUUAUUGACAUGAAAUAUUCUAUUGAAAGUGCUAGAAAUGAUAUAAAAAUUAAAAUGCGAGAACUUGAUGAAGCUCUCUUGGUAGCUAAGAAACGUACGGAAGAAAUGUUGAUAAUGGAAUCAGAAAAAAUAGAUAUACAAUCGAAAAUAAAAAAUCUUCAUCAUACAAUUAAGGAAAAGGAUAAUUUCAAUAAUCAGUUACAAAAAACUUUGUCUGAAUUAAGAAAACAAGUAGAAGUUUCUCAGAAUUUACAAAUUGAAGAAAUAGAUAAGAUUAAGCAUUUAGAAAAUGAAGAGACUAAAAAACUGUUAUCAGCCUUGAAAGAAUUAGAAAACGACAAAAAUAAAAUAAUUGAGGAAUACAAACAGCUACUAUAUAACGAAAGAGAAGAAUACACAAAAGCUAUGAAGGAAUUGCAAGUGAAAUUAUUUGAAUUACAAACCAAGCUAGACAGAAAAGGAAGCGACUCCGGCGCCACGAACACUGAAACCCUGAAAGAAUUCAUCAAUAAAUAUACUAUGAAAAUUGCGCUAUUAGAAGAUGAGUGCUUUAGACUAAAAAGGGAACUUGAAGAAUGCAAAGCUGAUAAGACAAUAUACCAAAAUGAGAUUGAGCGCUGGAAAGAUUUGGCUUCCGAGAGACUGAUAAAAAUGGAACAGCUGAACUCUCAACUCGAAGAAAGACAUUCUCAAGAGGUAGAGUCAUAUAAAGCUGAAAAUCAACAUUGGCUAUCGCAAUUAAACGAUACACAAAAGGAGCAUAAUGAACUCCGAUCUCGUCUAACGGAGCAAAAGGCUUUAUACCUAAAACAGUUGGCGGAUAAAGAUGCACACAUUGAAAACCUACGUACCGUCGUCCACGGCUUAAAGACGCAGAUUAUGAACAUGCAAACCAUGCUGGCAGUCAACGAUCCAAGUUUCGAUUUAUCUGCAAUUGUGGAAAUUGAAGAAACUAGUGAUGUUAUGUCUCAAACCGGUUCGGAUCGAUUGGAAAUCAAAUUUGAUUCAACAACAGAUAUACAUGAAGAAAUGGUUAAAAUACCCGGUUCUUCGACUACUAUUUGGCAGGAAACAAUUAUUGAACGCUUACGUCGCGAGAAGCAACUUGCAGGGAAACAGAAUGCUAUAUUACGUCGCCAAAUCAAAGCCCUUGCUGCUAGGGAAAGACGGGCACGCCUUGAUGCCCAAAAUUUGAAAAAUCAAGUUUUCAGAAUUAGCACAUCUGGUAAUAAAGUUGCAACGGCAGAAACCGCAGCACUACAUAACAAGAUAGGUUCGCUACAAGCGCAGUUGACAAGCGCUAGGCGCGACACUCAAACCAACGUUGCUUUGUGGGAUAAAUGGAAGAGGGCACAACAAUUAUCGGAACGCUGGCAAGCGAAAUACGAAGAAAAAUGUCAAGAAAUAAAAAAGAUCGAAUCAAAUUUAGCUCUAACUAAGUCUGCUGUUGUGAGACUAGAAAAAGAGAAACGUGUGCUGUUCGCUCGACUAAAUGAAUUAAAAUAUAACACUGAUUUAGCUGUAGAAAAACAAGAAGACGAACCAUUAGAAAAAAGUCAUAAAAAUAUGGCAGAUAAUUGUACUUCUUAUACGCACGGUGUCUCGAAUGUUCCUUUGUUAUCUAUGCAGUCUCUGAUGGAUAGGAUCCAGGCUCAGCAAAGAAGGAUUGCCGCUUUAGAGCUUUCUGAAAAAGGCAACGAGCAUCUUGUUUCCGAGUAUGAGAAAGCUUUAGCCGAGAUUACCUCGCUGAAGGGCCAAGUACUAAAACUGGAGUCAACUUUAUUGGAAUCACAAAUAAAAAUUCCACUAAAGACUUGUAAUGAUGAGAAACCAGAACUGGAAUACUGGAAAAGCUACUGCGAAAUGCUAAAAGAAGAGAACGUUCAACUUAAUUUACGGAUCAAUUCGUUGGAGACGAUUCCAACAACUGGUCACCAACACAGAAUUGCUGAUCUUGAACAAACUGUACUAACACUCAGAGGUCUUGUUGGUAAGCUGCAAGCGGAGCAGAAAACCGCUGGAGCUGUGAAACGUACAGAAUCACGACCAAGUAGCGGGAAAAGUGCUUCAGAAAAGAAUCGUACUCAACUAGAAUCAUAUCGCGUUGAAAUCGCAAACCUAAAACGCAGUAUACAAGACAAGGAUUUACUGUUGGAACGAUCUAAAGAAAUGCUCAAAAUAGCCGCUGAGCGUGAAGACGAACUUUUGAGAGAGAACCUGUUAUUACGUCGUCGUAUUGAUGACCUUAUUGCUCCGAAAGAAGGAUUCUUAUCAGCCUAAAUGUAACUAUCUUAAAACCUUUCAUUGAUGAUGAUAACAACUGCUGAAAUUGGUGCCUGAGUCCUAUCUAACCCUUUAGAUUUACUAUUGAAAAGUUUAGCAUUGUAUUAAUCUACCUAUGUUAAGUGACCUACUUACUAUGUCAAUCAAUAUACCCCGAAAUAUGUACCUACUUUAUAUAUAUAAUCUAGUAUUUUAUAAUUGCAUAUCUACUUUUUUUUAAAGAUUUUACGCGGCCAGACAUAGACAAACACGAGCCGCGAGAGUACAUACCUUUGCCACUAAAUAAUCUGAUUUUUAAAGAAUAGCGGCUUAGCCUUUGUGUGUGUGUUGCCUGUUGGCAAGUAAAUAUUGCAACAUUAAAGUAUUCACUAUCUGGUAACUUUUUUUAGAUAAAAUUCGGUGUUCUUUUCCAAAACUUAGGUAAUGACAUGAUGAUUUCUUUUUCUCGACAUUCCGAGAUUCAUACAAAUCGUAGAAAAUGAUUGCUUGAAUAAUUAAUUAAAUUUGUUUUGCGACCUAAAGAGAGAAAGCUAAUGUGCAUUACGUUUGCGAUCGAAGCGUUGCAUACUAAUUCAUUUUUGUUGUUUUUGUUUUUCUGUUAUCACUCUCAGAUAUGUUUCACUUGCAAAAGUUUAAAAAGAUUUGUGAUUAGAAUGUAAAUGAGUUUACAGUAUUAUUAUUUUUUUGUUUAACAAGAACUUUGAGUUUUAUAGAUAUAUUUUUUUAUGAUUCCAUGAUCUAGUGAUAAUUAGAAAAAAACGUGUCGAUACUAUUGAUUAUAACAGUACAAACUUUGCAAAUUACGUUUCUUAUAGAUUUUUCCAUAAGAUAUGUAGAUACAUAACGAGGUCAAUGUCCUGUUUGUGUAACGUUUGAUUUUACGACAAAGUAGGUUAUUGACUUUCACAUAAAAUAGAAAUACUCAGUUUUAAAUGAUUGUCUCUAGUUUAAGAAAAUGUUUUGACUUAAUUCGCGAACUCGUUUAUUCAUAUACGGGCCUUAUAAUUUGUUUGUUUGAAGUAUUAUAUAAUAGUUUAAAUAUUAAGUGCAUAUUUUAAUGUAACUUGUACUUUAAAAUAGGUACCAAAAAAAAAUAUUACUUAUAUUAUAGUCUAUUAUAAAUUGAAUGGAUCGCGUACUGUGUGUGAAAUAACGUUUUAAAGUACAACAUGUUACGGGUGUGUAUUUUUAUCAUUCCUUAAUACGUCGCAGUAAAAUAUAAUACAAAAUACACGCAUGAUCAGAUUAACUGAUUUAAACAGCUUUUUUGCGUAAUCGAAUGCGUUAAGGAAAUAGUUAAAUACAAUAGUUUGUAAGAUGGUAAAUAAAAUA